CUGCCUCACAGUAUUUGAGAAUACGCUCAGCCACAUUCUCCUGGGAGACUCGGGCCUCUAUCCGCUCUUUGUUCUUUUUUUUCGAGUCAAUUGCAAGUGGAUUGGACAAAAUGACCAACGCUCAGGUCACCGUCCCCGAGACUAUUCUCAAGAAGCGCAAGACUUACUCCGCCUUCAAGGCUGAGCAGCUCGCCAAGCGCGCUGGCCGCACCAAGGCCCGCAAGGCUGCCCGCAAGGACAUCUUCAAGCGUGCCGAGUCUUACGUUGCUGAGUACGAGAACGCCGAGAAGGACAUCAUCGCCAAGAAGCGCGCUGCUCGCGAUGUCGGUUCUUUCUACGUCCCUGAGACCCCCAAGCUUGCCUUCGUUGUCCGCCUCCGUGGUAUCAACGGUGUGAGCCCCCAGUCCCGCAAGAUCCUCCAGCUCUUCCGCCUUCUUCAGAUCAACAACGGUGUCUUCGUUAAGGUCAACAAGGCCACCCUCAACAUGCUCCACCGCGCCGAGCCCAUGCUCACCUACGGCUACCCUUCUCUGAAGACCGUCCGUGAGCUCAUCUACAAGCGUGGCCAUGUCAAGGUUAACAACCAGCGCGUCCCCAUCACCGACAACGCUGUCAUCGAGGAGAACCUCGGCCAGUACGGCAUCAUCUGCGUUGAGGACCUCAUCCACGAGAUCUACACCGUCGGCCCCCACUUCAAGCAGGCCUCCAACUUCCUGUGGCCCUUCAAGCUCUCCUCCCCCAAGGGCGGUCUCCGCAAGAAGACCACCCACUUCAUUGAGGGCGGUGACUUCGGCAACCGCGAGGAGAAGAUCAACGACCUCGUUGCCGCCAUGAACUAAGCAGGCCUUCCCCUGGUCUGGGGGCUGGCUCUGCUCGUAGCAUGUCGUCCAUACGUGUCUCCCUCCCGCGCGCGCGCACCGCGCGUGGGAAGACGGAGUGAGACUCUCCUGGGAGAGAGUGCGUGUGUCUGUCCCAUGUCCUGCCCCUCCCCCUCCUCCGCACGCGCGCGCGCGCGCCCUCCUCGCCCCCCUCUCCCCCCCCCGGUGUGGGAGCGUGGAGCGCCGCCGCCGUGUGUGGUCGAGGGCCCGGUCGUGUGUCUGCCCUCGCCCUCUUCCCUCCUCCUGCUUCCCUCUCGCGCGCCACGUGUGCUGGUUCGUGCCUGUGUACGCGCGCGCCCGUGUGGCGCCCUCCCCCUCACUAAACACUCUGCCCCGGUCCAUGCCAGUAUCAUCCCCCGCGUUCGUGUGUGUGUGUGAUACCCCGCUGGCGGUGCGUGCGGAUGUUGCGGCCCCUCCUCCCUCAAUCCCUCAACGUGUGCCCCCUCCGGGUGGGGGCGAGAGUCGGGCGGGGGGGGGGGCUCUCUCCUCUCCGCCGUCGGCGGGGGCUUGUCUCUUUCUUCUUUUCCCCCCCGCUGUCUUGCAUGCCCGUUGAGACGUGCGCAUACGCUCGCGUGUCGCCGCCACCGUGCGUGUAUGUUGCUAUAUACGAAAUACAUCUGUUACCCAACA